AUGGAUAGUGGUAGCGGUGAACAGCUUCAAAAUGCUUCAAUAUACAAAAAUAAAGAAGUGGUUGUCCGGGCGGGAUCUGACCCGGUUUUGACCCGAGACCACCGGGCCCUAUAUCACCUGAAAAGCCUGGAGAAGACCGGCCAGGUGUCCCCCUACUUCGGUGGAGUCCAGACAGACAUUCAGCCGGACAUGAGGAAGAUACUGACAGUGUGGAUGUUUCAGGUGUGUGAGGAGCAGAAAUGUGAGGAGGAGGUGUUUCCACUGUCAGUGCAUUACCUGGACUGUUACCUGAGCCGCCUCUAUGUUGAAAGAUCGAAUUUGCAGCUUUUAGGGAGUGUUUGCAUGUUCCUUGCCUCUAAAAUGAGAGAGACUGUCCCACUGACUGCCAGCAAGCUUUGCAUCUACACAGACAACUCAGUGUCAGUGUCUGACAUCCUGCGGUGGGAGGUGUCUGUGGUGUCAUGUUUAGACUGGUGUCUGGCCUCGGUGGUACCGUCUGACUUCCUGGAGCCAGUUCUUCUUUCUCUUUCUUCUAUUGAACCUCACCAUCUUCCAAACAUACGCAAGCUUGUUCACUCCUACAUUGCAUUGGCAGCCAUAGAUUGUAGGUUUUUAGAGUUUUUGCCCUCUACCAUUGCAUGUGCGUCGGUGAGCCUUGCCGUGCAGAAGUUGAAGUUAUUGGAUGUUGUCAGCUCUUCUGAAUCCGUGGUGACAUUUUUGUCCAAUCUAUUGGCAACUAAUCUGAACUCUGUCCUCCUCUGCUGUGAGCAGCUCAGGAGUGUGUUGGAGCUCAGCCUUCCCUCUUGUUUCCAGACCAGUGUUUGUGGAUCAGAAGACACAGGUCAGGGGUGAACUACACCCCCACUGACACUCAGGAUGUUGUGCUGACAUCAGCAACAUCGCCUUAGAAAAACAAGCUCUAGGACUUGUGUAUUGCUAGGAUGUAGUAAAAAAUAAGAAAUUACUAAAUGCCUAAAUUCCAUGAAAUGAUCUGUGUACAAGUACAUGUGG